CCAAAUGAGGCAUACUUCUUUUUCUGUCGAGGAUGAACAGCAGCACACUCAUCUGGAGGAGGAACGCUGAAACGAUGAAUACAUCUUGCCAAGAGAUCAGCUUUAGCUUCCCAAAGAAAUUCUUACCUCCUGUUUUUAUCUUAGUAUUUGUUGUUGGGCUGGCAGCUAACGGAUGGGGACUGAAGUCUUUGCUGCACAACUGGAAGAAGCUGGGGGAUGUAAAUGUCUUCGUUCUUAAUCUUGGACUUGCAGACAUGUUGUAUCUGCUGACACUUCCCUUCCUGGUGGUGUACUACGUUAAAGAAAAUACAUGGAUCUUUGGAGACAAGUUCUGCAAGGUGACAAGAUUCUGCUUCAACCUGAAUCUGUACUGCAGCAUCGGCUUCCUCACCUGUAUAAGUGUGUACAGGUACCUGGCCAUUGUCCAUCCAAUGAGAGUGAUGGGAAGAUUAACUGUGACUCACUCUGUGAUCAUCUCAGUCCUGGUUUGGAUCCUGGUGGGUGUUCAAAGUCUGCCAGAUAUGUUUUUCCCCAAAACAUCUGAAAACAGGACUGGAGAUUGUUUUGAUACCACCUCURAUGAAUAUGUUGAGGAUUACCUGACGUACAGCUUCAGCUGGACACUGAUUGGAUUUGGUAUUCCCUCUUUCAUCGUUCUGGGCUGCUAUGGACAUGUGAUUGUUGUUCUCUGCUGCAACAACAACAUUGAUAAGGUACUGAAGCAAAGAAGCUUGAAGUUGCUUAUAAUUUUAAUUAUUCUCUUCUCGAUUUGUUAUAUCCCUUAUCAUGUACUCAAAAACCUCAACCUCUGGUCAAGAGUUCUGUCCAAACAGAGAACAUGUCCCCGAUGGGCCAAUGGAGUCUAUAUCACCCAUCGGAUCACUCGUGGACUUGUGUGUCUGAACAGUGCUCUGAACCCUCUGGUUUACCUCCAUGUCAAUGAGGAUAUUUCUGCUCAGUUCAGACAGCUGCUCCAGAGGUUCCGCCAAGCUGCCGCUCAGCUGUAUACCAACACACAACCUCUUCUAACAUCGUUUCAAAAUGUGUGA